UUUUAUUUAGUUUAAACUUUAAAUGUGGUUCAAACACAGUGAAGGGUAGUCGUAUAACAAAAUACAAAAGGUCGAUAGGAAAUGAAAAUUUCGUGUGUUAAAAAUGUUACUAUUAAUUGUUUCACAUAACUUAUAAACGAAAUAUGUGAUCUUGUUAUUUAAUAUUCUUACAGCGGUCAAAUCGAUUAAAUGUUUUAUUAUCAGUUCAAGUUGUAGUAGCAAUUAGCAAACGUUCUACGUCUUGUGUAGUAUGUACAUUAGUGUUAACUGAAUUUGAGAACAUUUUAUAAAAUACAGUACCACAAAGCAUUCGAAAAUGUCUCUUACUAUGACAAAAAAGUUAUGUGAGAGUCAGACAGAAACUGUACAAUUUAUGGCAAUUGAAAAAAUCCAAAAGAAUUGUAAUCAAGAAAAAGAUUGCUGUAGUGGAAAUACAUUACUACGGAGAGGAAAAAAAUUAGAAGACAAUAAUAAUUUGUCAAAAGAAGACAUAGAAUAUAUUAAUUACAGGCAACUUCUCAAGUUUGAACAGGCACCAGUGUAUCUGCAGCAUAAUCCGUUUAUCAGAGAUGGCUACCGGAAAUUGCUACCAACAAGACUCUGUUGGGAGAGCAUAUUCUGGUGGACGAACGAAACGAUGAAUAUAUGGACACACAUAUUCGGUUUCUUUCUGCUGGGGUCGUUGACAAUCAACGAUCUUGCUAUAAUAAACAUACAUGCAACUGUAACGGACAAGACCGUCGCUGCGAUACUUUUCUCAUGUUUUCUAAUAUGCAUGGCGCUAUCGGCUCUAUAUCACACGUUCUCGUGUCGUUCAGAGACGGAUUACAACACGUUCCUAAUGUACGAUCUCUUUGGAAUCGCUCUCUCGCUGCUGGCUAUAUACACGUCGGGCAUUUACUACGCAUUCUGGUGUAAUCAUGGCCUCCAAACCUUCUACAUGCUGUCUGUGACCCUUAUCUUCACGGUGGCGAUGCUGCUACAGGUGCCCCGUUUUGAGGUCCCUUAUAUUGUGAAGAUGUGUGUGUUCAUUGGAUGGGCGGCGUAUGGUGUCGUACCUACUAUGCACUGGACUUAUGUUAUGGGCGGGUUUCAUAAUCCUAUGGUUGAGAUGUUUUUCCCCCGUGUUAUUGGAAUGUACGUAAUAAGUGGAACUGCUUUUGCAAUUUAUGCAUUUAAGAUUCCCGAACGUUGGUACCCAGGAAAGGUGGAUUACAUCGGCCAUUCUCACCAAUGGUGGCAUGUUCUAGUUCUAGGCGCUCUUUACUAUUGGCACAACACAGCCAUGAUGUAUGUACAAUAUCGUAUGAACCACGGUUGCGCUAAUAAUAUGAGAAUAUUCUAGUACGGACGUCCUUCAUAUUAGAGAAUAUUCCAAAUACAAUUCUUUAUUUAAAAAAUUAUGUUGCGUCAUUCCAAUCAUUCAGUAUAUUCAUUUAAAAUUUGUUUUUUUUUUAAAUUUAUUUAUUAGCCGGAUACAAAGUCCAUUGGCACAUUAAAAUUUGUUUAUUCCAAUUUUUGCCACAUACUAGUAUUAUUCACAGCUACAAAAAUUUUAAAUUUAUAAUAACUAUGUUGCGACAUUUCAAAAUAUUACAGCAUACUUAUAUUUAAAAUAAUAUUUGUUGCAAUAAUCUUGAACAUUCCAAAUUUAAAUAUUUUAAUGUAUUGCAUUUUAUAGGAAAUCUGAUUCGAUAUUGUUCUGCAAGGGGCUGCUCUAUAAACAUAGCCAAUGAUCAAUGUUAUAUAAGAUCAAUUAUUCAUUGAACGUUAAUUCUAGUUAAACAAUCCAAACAUCAUAGUUUGACGUUAAAAUAUAAGAAGCUAAUAAUUGCUCUCAAACCAAACGUACCUUAAAUUAAUUAAUAGAAUUAUUAUUAAAAAAAUGAAAGAUCAAAUAUAUAAUAUUUUGGAUAUUGACAACUGUCUACAGUUGUUACAAUAUGGCCGCAAAUUGUUUAUGACAGCUAUUUUUAAUGUCAUUAGAAUUAUAUAAAUUAUGAAGAAUUUUGCUCAAGUGUUAUUAAUAAUGACAAAAUAUUUUUAUAUAUUAUUAAUUAAAAUUAAAUAUUGAGUUUUAAAUUUAUUUAGACAUAAGCAGCUAUUUAUUUGUAAAUUCCAUUUAUUUGUCUUGUGAAAUUAAAUUUCAUAACUGAAUCAAUUCCAGUACAAACAUGAUUGAUGAAUUUGUAACAAAAUCUCUAAACAAAUGAUUCAAAAAUGUUUGUGCUAUUAAGAUCUGAUUUUUACUUCUUAGCAUUUAUAAUGACCACCUGUGAUCACUUUCUUACUUUUUAAUUUUUAUUGUUUUACGGGGCUGAAAUUGGGUAUAAAUAAAAAAUAUUUUUAUACAAUGA